AUGCAGUCAGUCGAGGGGAUAACAGCCAACUCACAAGCAAAUCUUUCUCCACUCUCGGAGAUCAUCUGCGCACUGCAAACUGUCCUUGCACGUUGCGAAGUAACUAUUCCAGACCUCGAAACUCAACAUUCCAAGUUUCCAAAUAUUGAUCAGUCUGCCAUGGAUGCAGACGGGAGUAUCGGCGGCAUCGUCACCAAACGCCAGGAGCAGCUGGAUACAGUUUUGCGCGAGAUAUCAGGCCUGGAAACCGUUAUGGAUGGUGCAAAAAAGGUUUACCAGCAACUAGCUGAAAAAAGGACGGCAUCUCGCAGUCGAUGUCUCUGCGCCCCUGCUGCUGAUUGGAGUAUGUCGACAAUAGAGGGAGGUUGCUGUCGACAUGCCCAGUUUAUGGAGCAGGCUUGGGAGCCGCAAGCCUUCGGUUAUGGCCUAUUGCUCAAGCGAUCACGAAGGUAUCCGCUCUCGUUAACUCUUUUCUGCGAGGAAACCGAUGCGAUGAAGAUACGAAGCCUUCUUCAGCCCUACAUCAGGCAAAUCUCGACACUCCCUGUCACAUUCGGACGAGAAGUACACCAACCCGAACUUUGUUACACGACCUCCCAGCACUUCAGGAACUGGCUAUCCAGGAGGGACGGAACUCGUAUGAUCACUUUCCAGUUAUUCCACGAUCUAUCAAAGACUGCCGCGUACCUUGCGCAGUCUCAAGGUGGUUGA